UUCUACGACGGAGCCAUAAAGUGCCCGGUCGCGGAUUUGGAGCGCGAAGAUCUGGUAGGACCGAGCAUCAAACAGCCAUUUGUCAGGGAACCUGGACGUCAACGCAGAGUCAGGGGACCUGGACGUCAACGCAGCGGAACAAACAAGGAGGCCAUAGUUCCAAGCCAUGAGCAAGCAAGUCAGCCUCCUCGACUCAUUCCUUCUACCGCUCUGGACGACUCUGAUGGAACUGGCUCUUUCCGCCGCCGCUGGCGGAUUGUGCAUCGUCGCUCUCUUUGUGCGCAAGGGAAAGUGCAGGACCAGCCAAAGCAUGGAGGGAAAGACGGUCAUAAUCACGGGAGCAAAUGCGGGAAUCGGCAAGGAGACCGCCAAGGAACUGGCACGAAGAAAGGCGCGGGUGAUCAUGGCGUGCCGGAACCUGGACAAGGCCAAGAAGGCGGCGCAGGAGAUCUUCGAGGAGACGCGGCAACCCGUGAUCGUCAAGCACCUGGACCUGGCCUCUCUCAAGUCCGUCCGGGAGUUCGCCGCCGACAUCGUCAGGACGGAACCCAGGCUGGACGUGCUCAUCAACAACGCAGGAAUUGUGCCCA